AUCCACAAGGCUCUCCGAGAGCCGCGCCUCAGGGAAAAGGUGAAUUCAGUCGCAUUAAGACCGUGGUCGCAGCCGCCGCAGCCUCUUCUCAUCGACCCUCCCACCUCACCUUCAGUCUGCUUUUCCAACUCCCUCCGGGUUCUAAGCUCCUCGAUUCGUUAGAUCGCAGCUCCAAGCCCAACAGCAACACAACGCCGAGAAGCUUAAAGGCCCGCAAAGAGGGAAAGCGAACACCCCUGCCGCCAUUCUUUUUUUCCCUUCUUUGAGACAGAGUCUCACUCUGUCGCCCAGGCCGAGUGCAGUGGCGCGAUCACGGUUCACUGCAGCCUCGACCUACAGAGCUCAAGCGAUCCUCCCACCUCAGCCUCCGGCGGAGCUAGGAGUAAGUGGGACUACAGGAGUGCGCCACCACGCCCGGCUAAUUUAUUUAUUUAUUUUUUGUAGAGACGGGGAUGGUCUCACUAUGUUGCCCAGGCUGGCCUUGAGCUGGACGCAACAGAUCCUCCCGCCUCGACCUCCUGAAGUGCUGGGAUUAAAGCUUGGGGGCCGUCCCGCACCUGAGGCAGGAAGAUGGUGGCCGCAAAGAAGACGAAAAAGUCGCUGGAGUCGAUCAACUCUAGGCUCCAACUCGUUAUGAAAAGUGGGAAGUACGUCCUGGGGUACAAGCAGACUCUGAAGAUGAUCAGACAAGGCAAAGCGAAAUUGGUCAUUCUCGCUAACAACUGCCCAGCUUUGAGGAAAUCUGAAAUAGAGUACUAUGCAAUGUUGGCUAAAACUGGUGUCCAUCACUACAGUGGAAAUAAUAUUGAACUGGGCACAGCAUGCGGAAAAUACUACAGAGUGUGCACACUGGCUAUCAUUGAUCCAGGUGACUCUGACAUCAUUAGAAGCAUGCCAGAACAGACUGGUGAAAAGUAAACCAU